GUCUCGCGGUGUUUAGACACCUUUCAGACAUCUUGCAUUUUUCAGUCUGAAAGAACGAAUUUAUAAAAUACCGUUGACUUCAUCUGGCCAAGCGAACCCGAAAUAACAGGGCCUUUAUUGUUGAUAUUCGUGACUUAUUUGUAUUUCGACCGAAUGCAUGUGAGGCUAUAGGUGGCUGAACCGAGAGCUCGCGUGCCAAACCACUGAGCGGAUUGUCUCUCCCGGGGCUCUCGAGCCGUAUUGUGCGUCAUUUUCAUAGCUGCAUCUUGUUUUUCUAUCGAGGCAACAUGGCAACUCCCGCCGCGGUCAAUCCAUCGGAGAUGGGCAGUGAGUUGCCGGGGCCCGUUACUAUGCCGGGGGCGGUGGUGGGGGCGGGCCAAGUGAGGAUGGGCGGAGCCAUGCCGGGCCGUGGGGGCAAGAGGAGAUCCGGAGGGAUGGACUUUGAUGACGAGGAUGGGGAAGGACCAAGUAAAUUUUCAAGAGAGAACCACAGCGAGAUAGAGCGGCGUCGCCGUAACAAGAUGACCCAGUACAUCACGGAGCUGUCGGACAUGGUGCCCACCUGCAGCGCUCUGGCCCGCAAGCCAGACAAACUGACUAUCCUCCGCAUGGCCGUGUCCCACAUGAAGUCCAUGAGAGGGACCGGGAACACGUCCACUGACGGGGCGUACAAGCCCUCCUUCCUGACCGAACAGGAGUUGAAGCACCUCAUCCUGGAGGCGGCCGACGGCUUCCUGUUUGUGGUCGCCGCGGAGACGGGCCGCGUGAUCUACGUGUCUGACUCUGUGACACCGGUGCUCAACCACCCGCAGUCGGAGUGGUUUGGCAGCACGCUGUAUGAGCAAGUGCAUCCUGACGACGUGGACAAGCUGCGGGAACAGCUCAGCACCUCAGAGAAUUCCAUGACAGGGCGUAUCCUGGACCUGAAGACGGGAACAGUGAAGAAAGAGGGGCAACAGUCAUCUAUGAGGAUGUGCAUGGGCUCCAGACGAUCCUUCAUCUGCAGAAUGAGAUGUGGCAGCACCCCACUGGACCACAUCUCUCUCAACCGACUGUCCAACAUGAGGAAGAGAUACAGGAACGGUCUGGGACCCUCGAAGGAGGGAGAGGAUCAGUACUCUGUGGUGCACUGUACCGGCUACAUCAAAGCAUGGCCCCCAGCAGGUAUGACCAUACCAGAAGAAGACACAGAGGCAGGACAGACCAGUAAAUACUGCCUUGUAGCCAUCGGAAGACUGCAGGUGACCAGUUCUCCCGUUUCCAUGGAUAUGAACGGCCUGACGGUUCCCACGGAGUUCCUGAAUCGCCACAACUCCGACGGCAUCAUCACUUUCGUGGACCCGCGGUGCAUCAACGUGAUUGGAUACCAGCCUCAGGAUCUGCUGGGGAAAGACAUCCUGGAGUUCUGUCACCCAGAGGACCAGAGUCACCUGAGAGAGAGCUUUCAACAGGUGGUAAAGUUGAAAGGCCAGGUGCUGUCUGUAAUGUACAGGUUUCGUAUGAAGAACAGAGAGUGGAUGUUAAUCCGCACCAGCUCCUUCACCUUCCAGAACCCCUACUCCGAUGAGAUCGAGUACAUCAUCUGUACCAACACCAACGUCAAGCAGCUCCAACAGCAGCAGCAGGCAGAGCUGGAGGUCCAUCAGAGAGACGGCCUGACAGCCUACGACCUAUCACAGGUGCCCGUUCCCAGUGUGGGAGGAGGGGUUCACGAGGCGGGCAAGAACACUGACAAGACGGACACCAUGUUCUCACAGGAGAGAGACCCACGCUUUGCUGACAUGUACUCCGGCAUCUCUGGCUCUGGUGAGAAGAAGAUGAUGGUUCCUUCGUCUACAGCGGGAGGUCAGCAGCUCUACUCCCAGAACUCUCCCUUCCAGCCCGGACACUCUGCCAAGAGCUUCAGCUCCUCAGUGAUACAUGUCCCAGGGGUGAACGAUAUCCAGCCGUCGGGAUCGUCCAAUCAGAACCUAGCUCAGAUCUCCAGACAGCUCAACCCAGGACAGGUGGCCUGGACUGGCAACAGACCCCCGUUCUCUGGCCAGUCCACUAAGGCCCAGUCCAGUCCGUUUGGGAUAGGCUCCGGCCACAGUUACCAAGGAGACCCAUCUUCCUAUAGCCCCCUGUCCUCCCCUGCCACCUCAUCGCCCAGCGGCAAUGCCUACUCUGGACUGGCCAACCGGAGCACGGCGUUCGAUGUGUCAGGAGAGGGUAGUCAGAGUGGGGGUCAGUUCCAGGGUCGGCCCAGUGAGGUCUGGUCCCAAUGGCAGAACCAGCACCAUGGCCAACAGGGAGGAGAGCCACACUCUCACCCCAACCCCUCCCAGACAGAGGUGUUCCAGGACAUGUUGCCGAUGGCAGGAGACCCAACACAAGGAACAGCCAACUACAACAUUGAAGACUUUGCUGAUCUGGGCAUGUUCCCUCCCUUCUCUGAGUAGAACCCUUUAACGUUCUAUCAAUGGAACACUGCUCUGUUCUUCCACUAGAACCCUCUGAUAGAGGAAAAGGAAUAGAACACAAUGUGCUGGUUCCUUCAUGGCUCCCCAACCUCACACACACACACAGUGAAUGUCCAGAUGCACCCUCUCAUAAACACACACACACUCUGACACAUACCUGUUUCCUUUACGAGAAGAGAGUUGGUUCUAUAGAAGACUGGUACAUUGCUAGUGGUGUACUGACCUUUUCCUUUGUAAUAAUGUCUUCUUCAUUCACUUAAAUGAUGCCUGUUCUUUUAACAAAGGCUUGUGAAUUUAAAGGUGCAAUCUGUAACUUUCAUUUCCCCUAGUGGCAUCUUGAAGUACUACAAAAUAUGCCAAGAAGCAGUAAAAAAAUACAAAGCCUUGAAAAUUCACCAGUGCAAAUUCACCCCCUUCCGUUUGCAAACAAUUGCAGAGGCAGGCAGCACUUUGUGGGGGAAACAAAAAUUACAGAUUGUACCUUUUAAGCUGCCAAUAUCCACUUUGCACUCCACUCUGCCAAACUGCUCCAGGCUAAGAGACACUCACCACGCUGAUCAAUGUUGGUACCAUCGAUACAUAUUAUCAUACAGUAUGUCACUGCUGCUCCUCCCUCAGUAUUACAUUAAGCUUUAUGCUGUAAAUUAUACCUAUAUGUAGUGAUGUUCAUAACACCUAGAUAAAACCUACGGAAGUCUAGAAGGAUUCUGUGUAGAAAAAAUACAAAUAAAGAUUCCACUCACCGGCAAAAGUCGCAAAGCUACAAUGCUUAUGUGCACUUCAUCGAAGCUAACCGCUAAAACUCACCAGCUUGCUAAAAAGGGAAAAGCGCCAUACCGCCAAAGCAACGCAGUACAGUAUAUAUACUAGUUUAGUGUAUCCUUGUGGCUCUCGCUGCUCUACUUUAUAACUUUAUUAUAUUAUUCUCUUUUCUGAUUAUUAACAGAGACUGAAUUCUACUUUAUAGCGAGGGAACUUUUACAUGAUAGAUUGUGUACCGUGUCUCUGGUUAAUGACUGAUGGGACAGAUUCUACAACUGGAAUCCUUUUGCUAAAAAAAAAUCUAAAAAUGUAUGUUUUUGUAAAUAAUGUGAUUUUUAUGUUGACUCGUUACUUUUACACAGUAUACGUUGUUUUUUGUGUAGGUUUAUGUAGGUGUCAUCAAUGUGUGCAAUGUGAGUACAUAUUUAACUAUCGGUAUUUAGUUUAGUCUUAAUUGUACAUUGAGUUUAAGGAACCUGUAUAAAAGUGUGUAAAUGUUACCCAUAUUUUUGUUUAACACAUUUUUGUGCUUGUGAAAAUAAAUGUUUAUUGGUUA